GGGACAUUGCUAAUAAAAUAGACAAGUUUGUGGAGCGUUGGAAGGACGGACUUUGUGUUGCCACUCGCAUCCCGUGGAGAGGAAUGUUGAUUGCUGAAAAGUUAAUAGAUCUCCUAGUGAAGCAUUGGAGGGAAACACUGUGUGAGGCACUUUGUGAGGCUGUUAGUUUCUCAGAUGGUGCAUACUUAUAUUCCAGAGAAUUUGAGAUCGGUUUUAAAAUAGAACUGCUUGUGGAGCAUUGGAGUGAGGCAAUUUGCGAGGCGGUUGGCAUCUCGGGGGGUGCACACCUAAAUUCCAAAGGGGAAAUGAAGCUUGCCUAUGAGAUAAACCUCCUCGUGAAGCAUUGGAGGGAGGCACAUUGUGAGGUUCCUGGCAUCUCAGGGGGUGUAGUCUUAAAUUCCAUUGUUGAAGAGGAGAUCAGAAAAGAUUUUGAGGUCCUUCUAAUUCAUUGGAAGGAAGCACUUCAUAAGGCUGCUAGCAUCUUGAGGGGAAAAGUGAAGAUUGUUGAUAAAGAGAUAAACAUCCUCGUGAAACGUUGGGCAGAGGCACUUCGUGAGGCUGCUAGUAUCUCAGGGAUUGUAGUCCUAAAUUCCAGGAAUGAAAGUGAGGCUAUCAAAACUAUUGUUGAAAAUGUUAAGCGUUUGUUAGACAAGACAGAGUUGUUCGUUGCUGAUAAUCCAGUCGGCGUAGAACCACGAGUCCAGGAAAUGAUUGAACUAUUAGGCCAAAAACAAUCAAACGAUGUUCUACUACUCGGGAUGUGGGGGAUGGGAGGCAUUGGUAAAACAACUAUUGAAAAAGCCAUUUACAAUAAGAUUGGCCGCAAUUUUGAGGGAAAAAGCUUCCUCGCACAUAUUAGGGGAAUUUGGGAGCAAGAUGCUGGUCAAGUAUAUCUACAAGAACAACUUCUAUUUGAUAUCGAAAAAGAAACAAACACAAAGAUACGUAAUGUUGAAUCAGGAAAAGUUAUGUUAAAAGAACGACUUCGCCAUAAAAAGGUACUUCUUAUACUUGAUGAUGUAAAUAAAUUGCAUCAAUUGAAUGUUUUGUGUGGAAGUCGUGAAUGGUUUGGUUCAGGGAGUAGAAUAAUCAUCACAACUAGAGAUAUGCAUAUACUUAGAGGGAGAAGAGUUGACAAAGUGUUCAGAAUGAAAGGACUGGAUGAAGAUGAAUCUAUUGAGCUUUUUAGUUGGCAUGCAUUUAAGCAAGCAAGUCCAAGAGAAGAUUUUAUUGAACUUUCUAGAAAUUUAGUUGCUUAUUCUGCGGGAUUGCCACUAGCUCUUGAAGUCCUUGGGUCCUAUUUGUUUGAUAUGGAGGUAACAGAGUGGAAGAAUGUAUUGGAGAAACUCAAGAAAAUUCCUAAUGAUGAAGUACAAGAGAAAUUAAAAAUAAGCUAUGAUGGUUUAACUGAUGAUACAGAGAAAGGAAUAUUCCUUGAUAUAGCUUGUUUCUUUAUCGGAAUGGACCGGAAUGAUGUUAUACAUAUCUUAAAUGGUUGUGGGCUUUGUGCAGAAAAUGGAAUACGUGUCUUGGUAGAAAGAAGCCUUGUAACUGUAGAUUAUAAGAACAAGCUUGGAAUGCAUGAUUUGCUGCGAGACAUGGGAAGAGAAAUCAUUCGUUCAGAAACACCAAUGGAGCUUGAGGAGCGUAGUAGGUUAUGUUUUCAUGAAGAUGCACUUGAUGUAUUAUCAAAAGAAACUGGAACAAAAGCUAUUGAGGGUCUGGCUUUGAAGUUACCAAGAAAUAAUACAAAAUGUUUGAGCACUAAAGCUUUUAAGGAGAUGAAAAAACUCAGGUUGCUUCAACUUGCUGGUGUACAACUGGUUGGAGAUUUCAAGUAUCUUUCCAAAGAUCUUAGAUGGCUUUGUUGGCAUGGAUUUCCUUUAGCAUGCAUACCAACAAACCUUUAUCAAGGAAGUCUAGUUUCCAUUGAGCUACAAAACAGCAGUGUUAAUCUUUUGUGGAAAGAAGCCCAGGUAAUGGAGAAGUUGAAAAUUCUUAAUCUCAGUCAUUCUCAUUAUUUAACUCAGACUCCAGACUUUUCAAAUUUGCCUAAUCUUGAAAAGCUAUUACUCGUAGAUUGUCCAAGGUUGUCCGAGAUUUCCUAUCCCAUUGGACAUCUCAAUAAAGUUCUUCUAUUAAAUUUUCAAAAUUGUAUUAGCCUUCGUAAGCUUCCAAGAAGUAUCUAUAAGUUGAAAUCUCUUAAAGCACUCAUUCUUUCAGGAUGUUUAAAGAUUGACAAGUUAGAAGAGGAUUUGGAACAAAUGGAGUCUUUGACAACCCUUAUUGCGGAUAAGACUGCAAUAACAAGAGUGCCAUUUUCAAUAGUUAGAUCAAAAAGAAUUGGAUAUAUCUCUUUGUGCGGCUAUGAAGGAUUCUCACGUGAUGUGUUUCCUUCAAUCAUUUGGUCUUGGAUGUCACCAACAAAUAGUCUCUCAUCCCGCGUUCAAACAUUUCUAGAUGUGUCAUCUCUCGUUUCUUUAGACGUGCCAAAUAGUAGUUCCAAUCAUCUAUCAUAUAUUUCUAAGGACCUUCCACUGCUUCAAAGUCUUUGUAUAGAGUGUGGCUCAGAACUUCAACUUUCUCUAGAUGCUGCAAAUAUUUUGGAUGCUUUAUAUGCCACAAAUUUUGAAGAAUUAGAAUCAACUGCAGCCACAUCGCAAAUGCAUAAUAUGAAUGUUUUAACAUUAAUUGAAUGCAACAAUCAAGUACACAACUUAGGAUCAAAAAAUUUCAGGAGAUCACUUUUAAUUCAAAUGGGAACGAGUUGUCAAGUCACCAAUAUUCUGAAACAGAGAAUUUUACAGAAUAUGACAACUAGUGAUGGUGGUGGUGGUUGUUUGCUCCCCGGUGAUAGCUAUCCAGAUUGGUUAACCUUCAACAGCGAAGGUUCAUCCCUGACUUUUGAAAUCCCUCAAGUGAAUGGGCGUAACUUGAAGAAAAUGAUGUGCCAUGUCCAUUAUUCUUCCCCGGAAAAUAUAACUUCAGAUGGUUUGAAACAUUUGUUGGUGAUAAAUCACACAAAGGCCAUCAUUCAACUUUAUAAGAGAAAUGCAUUAGUCUCCUUUGAAGAUGAGGAGUGGCAGGGGGUACUAUAAAAAAUAGAGCCUGGAAACAAAGUGCAAAUUGUUGUUGUCUUCUGGAGCAAAUUAACUGUUGACAAGACCACAAUUUAUCUCAUAUAUGAACCAAUGAAUGAAAAAAUAGAGCAUUCCCGUGCACUAAAUAAGAAUGUAAUGGAUUCUAGUGGUGAUGAAAAUGAAUGUGUUGUUGGGACCAUCUCUCUUCAAGUAGAAUCCAUAUAUAAGCCAACAAAUGACAUAUUGGAGCAUUGUCAUGCAUCAAAUAAGAAUGCAAUUGUUUCCAGCAGUGAUGAAAAUGCAUGUGUUGUCAGGCCGUUCUCUCCUCAAGUGGAAUCCAUAGAUGACUUAAGGUGUGUUUCAAAAAAAGGCUUGAUUAAGCGCUUAUUGAAUAAGUUCUUAUCAUGCGAAUACUUUUGUAAUGCAAACUCAGAAAAUAAGAAAAAUCAAGGUUAAAAGAUGGUGAAAGAAUGUCAGGUCCCAAUUGAUUCUUAUGGUGGCUGCAAAUCUUGUAUUGUUGCUUGUACAGAGAUUGCUUUGGGCAGUGGAUGAUUUGUUUUACAUGUA